AUGGGGAUCACAGGGAUCCCAGCAAUCCCAGGGACUGCAGGAAUUACAGGGAGCCCAAGGAGCCCAGGGAUUACAGGGUCAUAGGGACAACAAGGAACCCAGAGACCACCAGGAUCACAGGGAUCCCAGCAAUCCCAGGGACUGCAGGAAUUACAGGGAGCCCAAGGAGCCCAGGGAUUACAGGGAUCCCAGGGCCCACUGGGAUCCCAGGACCCACAGGGCUGCAGCUCAGCCCCAGAGCAUCCCCCACCUCCUGGCCCAUCUGUGCCUCCUGGGGACAAACCUCCACAGGGCUCAGCCAGAACACCUUCCCCUGCCACAACAGUCACUUUGGAUUAA